CGACAGCUACCAGCUGAUGUGCUUGUCUGCCAGGCUGCGGGAGGAGGACGAGGCAGAAGUGGGGAUGCAAGCUUAACGUUUCAGAAGUAAACUUAAUCCAAAGUUUAUUGUGUCGUUAAGUCUCAUCUUCCAAAUCACAAUGUACAGCUGUUUCGGCAUCUGGCUUCUCCUUCUGGUGCUUCACACCCGGACUCUUGCGGUUGUUGCAUGGAGAGAGAGGCGAAAUGUCCUUUUCAUCAUGGCCGAUGAUUUGCGGACGUCAUUGGGCUGCUACGGAGACGCUGUGGCCAAAACCCCAAACAUCGACCAACUGGCAUCCAGAAGCCAGGUUUUCCUUAAUGCAUUCGCGCAGCAAGCCGUGUGCGCUCCCAGUCGCACGUCCAUGUUGACCAGUCGCAGACCGGACACCACCAGGCUCUACGACUUCAACUCCUACUGGAGGACCCAUUCUGGGAACUACACCACGCUGCCACAGUACUUCAAAUCCAGAGGGUACCACACCAUGUCUGUGGGCAAGGUAUUCCAUCCAGGUAUUGCCUCAAACCACUCUGACGACUUCCCCUACAGCUGGUCCGCCCCCGCCUACCACCCACCCUCAUUUAGAUACGAGAAAGAAAAGAUGUGUAAAGGAGAGGAUGGAAAGCUCCACGCCAACCUGCUGUGUGCGGUGAAUGUGGCGGAGCAGCCCGGGGGAACCCUCCCCGACAUGGAGAGCACGGACGAGGCCGUGAGGUUACUGAAGAGUCGGGCUGACGACGACACUCCUUUCUUCUUGGCUGUGGGCUUCCACAAACCGCACAUUCCCUUCAGGAUACCUCAGGAGUACCUGAGUCUGUAUCCCAUUGGUGAAAUGACUCUGGCCCCGGACCCUGAUGUCCCCACACUGCUUCCACCCGUGGCCUACAACCCCUGGGCGGACGUGAGGAGGAGAGACGAUGUCCAAAAGCUCAACAUCAGCUUCCCCUACGGGCCGAUCCCCAAAGACUUCCAGCUGCGUAUCCGUCAGCACUACUACGCCGCCGUGUCCUACGUGGACGCUCAGGUCGGGCGGCUGCUCGGUGCCCUGGACGGGCUGGGGCUGGCGGACAGCACCGUGGUGGUGUUGUGCUCGGACCACGGGUGGUCCUUGGGAGAACACGGCGAAUGGGCUAAAUAUUCCAAUUUUGACGUCGCGACACGUGUCCCCCUCAUUUUCUACGUUCCUUCGGUCACCAGCUGGAGCACUUGGCUGCAAGAUUCUACUUUUCCCUUUAUUGAUGUGGUCACCCAGCCACAGCUCCGCUUUGAGAACAACAAGGUUACAAGAAACGUGGUGGAGCUGGUGGACGUUUUUCCGACGCUCUCCCACCUGGCUGGCCUCGAAGCACCCAAACGCUGUCCUGACAUCUCCUUCCAGGAGGAGUUGUGUACAGAAGGAGACAACAUGGCCUCCGCCUUGCGGCACCAGGAACGAAAGCAGAACGAGGAAGCCAUCUCUUUUAGCCAGUACCCUCGACCCGCCGAUACACCGCAGGUGAACUCUGACCUCCCCGACCUCGAAGACAUCAAGAUCAUGGGCUACUCUCUGCGCUCCUGGGACUAUAGAUACACCCUCUGGCUGGGCUUCAACCCGAAAACAUUUCAGGUGAACGUGUCGGAUGUCCAUGCUGGGGAGCUUUACAUGUUGGCGGACGACCCCGGUCAGGACAAGAACAUCUACAGUGUCUUUGACCACAGCCUGAUGAUGGCAAAGAUGACGAGUCUGCCUCGGACUGCGAGUGUGCAGAUGCGAAUGAGGCUGCAGCUCCUCUACCUCUCAGCGGGGAGGAAGACGAGUCGAGGGAAGGCGUGAUGACUGGAAUGAGACUACAACAGAUGGAGAUGAGUACUAAGGGAAGAUGGAUGGAUAAACUAUCCAGAAAGGGAGAACGCUUUGAAUAUUUUUUCUAAUAUAACACAUACUUGAUUUAGUAUUAUGUGAAAUCACUGUUAAUCUUUCAGGCUCAGUCCCUUAGGCUAAUGUUCCUUGUGAAGAACUCAUUGGCAGGCAGAUCUGAGCUCAACAUGAGUGAAAGUGAAAAAGAAAGCGUUUAUGCCGGGUGUUUUUUUUUCUUUGACAAAGGGAAACUGGAAAGUCUGAUUGGUUGAUCUCACUGCUCCUAAAAGCAACGCGUCUGUCGCCUUUUAACUCGCUGUGCCCGGGCAGGAAGUUUGUACUGUUCAUACUGACUGAACAAAGGAAAUAUAACUUAUUUAUUGUGUGCCGUGUUGUUGGCGUCCUGUGCUUAUGCUAAGCUAAUGUUAAUGGCAGCUGGCUCAUUGUAGCGUAAAAAAAGCCUAUUCAACCCUGAACGCUGACACUUCUGUAGCUGACAGUGAAACCUUUGUUAUGAUCAACUUUACCCAGAAGCAUGAGCUCUGAUUGGCUGUGAUGGUGUCGCCUCCCCUAUAAAGCUCUUAUUUUGCAGUUUUUUUUUCUUCAUCCAAAUUAUUAUUGAGGAAAACAUAACUAGUUAUUCUUUAUUGGUCCUCCAUCUCUCUCGGGGAGUCUCUCCACUUCCCAACCGCUAACAGGGGCUCUCACACGUUUGCGCUGCAGUGUUAAAGAAUGUGACAUUUCUAUUUGCCCCCCUCCCUGUAAGCAGUCGGUGCGGUUCAGUUUGCGGACGCAGAGUGAUUAAGAACCACGUGUAGUAAUUGAAUUCAAAUGAAACGGACCGCAGCCCCUCGCACUGCUGUUCCGAUGCAUGCGCUGUGGCAGUUGUUAGACAGCAAUUUCGGCUUGAAUUUUGUGUUCAACAAUGAAUUGCAGGGUUUUGGUCCGUCAGCUCUUAUUAUAGUUUACACUGGCUUCCUGUUAAUGGGAUGCAGAUGAUUCAUGUAAUCAGCAUGGAUUGUAUGUCCGACCAAGCCUUAUUGAAUUGGCUCCCUUUUUGGUUUUCUUCAUUCCCUCCACGGUUGUUCUCAGGGAAUUGGUGACAGUUUUAUUUUUGUUUUUCUGGUGUCGCUGCGUCCUUUUAACGAUUGUCAGCAGUGAUCUAAAGUGUCCACACAGACGGAUACCGACGACACGAAGAUGAGCUUCUCCUGCAGUCUGGUUGCGUCAGAGCAGCUUUGAGUGAUCUCAAGCUUUCUGGAGGAAAAUAAAAAAUCAAUGAUGCAGAAAUAAUUCAAAUCUGUAGUUUUGCAGGGACAUGCUGUUAAUAUAUUUAUGUCUGAUUUAAAUAACUGCAGUCGCAAACAAAUAAACUAUUUUUUCAAUGAAAGUU